GUAACGUGGUCGAAUGGCAAGGUGUUCAGAAUUCAUCGCGCAUACGGAGAAUUAUUCGACUUUCAAUGCAAGGUAUACAUAAGCAGCAAAAUUAUUAUAAGACAAUCCGUGAUGUCGGCCACUGCGUAUCCAAAUGACACAUUUUGCGUCAGGAUGCAAAAGUGGCAGAAUCUGGAAGAUUUAAAAUAUGCGUAUCAAAGUAUUGAAAUGUUAGUCACCUAUUCAAUGCAUUUAAUACUAGCGUACUUUUAGUUGGAGUAAAGUGCACUUAGCGCUUAAGUUGGAGUAAAGUGCACUUAGCGCAAAAGGAAUUAGCGCUUCUCCCAUUGGUUCAUUUGCGUAAUCGAUUAAUCGGUAUCAACAGUUGAUUAACAACAUGGAUUAAUCAGAUUGGAUAAAUCUAGUAUAUGCCCAGUGGUUAAUGUCGCUUUCAAGAAAGGGGCACGUUUUAAAAUCUUUAUUUGACGGUCAAAGAGUGUAUGCGCUAUACUGGUAACAGAGAAAUAAAAACAAGUCGCGUUUGUGGUUUAAUUACAUACCACCUCCUCGUAUUUUUUUUCAAUAGGGAAAGAAAGUUAUCAUGCCAUGCUUGGCUGCUGUUUUGUUGAUUCGAUUAUUGUUAAGAGUAAUGAACUGUCAAAAAUAUCGAUCAAUCAGAGCGCUCUAUUAGAAAGGAACGUAUUUUGUAUAAUUUGAAGCGAGUGAAGCGUGCAAAUUGUUAUCGGGAUCGAAUUGGUUCAUUAUCGUGUUUAAACAACAAUGGUAUCUUUGUUACUAGAUCAUAGACAACUAUAUUUAGCGACCUAUUUGCAGUUGCAUGCAUGCCUCUAUUUUUGUAUAGAGCUCAAAAGGAUAAGAUUUAAAUUUAGCGGCAUAUAAUAGGCUGUGAUAUAGAACAUUGGAUACGGAUAUAGCAACACCGCGGAAAAACGUCUGCGCAUGCGUCAACCUUACCUGUAAUAGUAUUGCGAACUUGAUGAGAAGCUGUUCCGAACGUUUCCGAAGUCUCAAAAUGGCGGUAAAAAGGAGUGACUUCAUUGUGCGUCUUUACAGCCAGAUUUCGAGCGCAAAAAUAAACAUGUCAUUCUAAAAACUGGGAAUAAAUACAGCCAGAAGGUUCAAGAAAUUGUAUUGUACAAGAACAUGAACUAAAGGUGAUUGUUGACAAAUUUAUCGUCCGAAACAUUUUGUUUAUCAACUAAGCAACGACAAUUUCCGAAUUUUCGUUUGAGAUACAUUUCUUUAAAAAAAACUGUGUCGCUAAAUAUAAAAAAUUUUCGUGUUCACAACAAUUAAACUUUAGGAUUUAUUCUACAAUUUGAGUGGGUUAAGAUGCUUAACUUUUCGAGAGUUUUCUUAACUUUUUAGUUUGAAUUUUUGUUUUGAAUAAUUUUGCAAAAAAUUUCGAAGUCGUGUCCGUUAAAAUCAACAAUUUUUUACAUGAAUUAUAUUUCAUUCCAUACUUUAAAUGCCAGGACGCUUUCAAUUAAUGUCUAGUCUACCCAUUUGCUAUAUUUUCUCGAUUGUUCUACUAAUUUUUGACCAAUUAAUAAGCAUGUUUUUGUUUUAGAAAUUGAUAUUCAAAUUCCCCGCCAUAUUUUCAUAAUUUGGUGCAUGCGCAGACGUUUUUCCGCGGUGUUGGAUAUAGCUGUUUAGCUACUGCGUGUUGUGCGCACUAAACUUACUAUGCUGCGCAGUGUUGAACAUUAAUAAUUACUUGAAAUUUUGUUCUGGUAUGUAUUGAACUGAUAUAUUGGCUUACAAACAUAAUAUAAUUAACGUGCUUCUAAGAAUGAUGACGAGGUCCAACAGCUAGAGAUAUUCCUUGGUAAAAACAUUAAACCGUAGCCUUCAUUUACUAUAGGGAUUAAGGUAUUCCAUAACUUCACAAAUUUCAUCUAUCACUGCACAAAUUGGUUAUCAAUGCACCCUAAAAUAAUCCCUGCGAGGAUGAGCGAGUUGAUUGCGCACUUUCAAAGACAUGAGUUAUUCAUUAUUUGUUUCUUAUCUAGCUUCGCCGCCGUUUCUCUAAAGAAAUAAGCAAAAUGACGGAAAGAAAGGUCAUUCCUUAUCUUCCAGGUUGGUGUAUAGUAUAUAUAGUCUAUAGAGAUUAUUUAACAAAUAGGUAAUAUUUUGCCGUUGUCUGUCCAGUUAUAUAUACACAGUGUGACGUCGAGAGGGUCAACUUUUUUGUUAAGGUUUUGUGUGACGUAGUUCCGUGCGUCUGUCUUUUAAUAGAUCAUUGCUCUCGACCAAUGAAAGCGUUUGAAUUCUUAACGUUAUUAUAUAAAAAAUAAUAGAGAGGGCAUUACGUUCAUAUAUUCAGGGACGCCGGAACGAUGUGAAGGCAAGGGGGGCAGAUUUUCGUGAAAGAGCACUUUUGAAUUGAUAUAUACUAAGAGAUGUUUGCAAAACAUCGGGAGUUAAACUUCACCUAAUCAUGUUUUCUAUUUAUUCGAUGAUAGGGGUGUGAGGGGUUCUCCGCGCCAGGCGAUUUUGCUAUUCUUGAAGCUCGAUGACUGCAUUUCUUGCGUUUUCUGAAGCAAAUUCGUAAAAGAAUUGCACUAACAUUUCUGACAAUUCGCUAUUUCGCCAAGACAAUCCUUUAAAUUGAAAGGGCACCUUUGACCCCCUUGCCCUCCUGGUAAAGGGCAACGGGGGCGGCUGCCCCUCCUGCCCCCCCCCCCAGUUCCGGCGUCCCUGCAUAUACUGGCAGUCAAACGAAAGAAACAAUUUGAAGCUUGGUAACGGGGACCACAUUCAUGUGCAAAAACUAUAAGAAUAGUUUUUUUAUUAUUUGGUUUCAAUUGUAGUAUUGAAUCUUAGUUUUUUAGACAGUCCCUGACUGUUUUACUUAGUUUACUUGCGGCAAAAAAUUGAGUGUCCAUUUUGGAAAAUGAUAAAAAUUUGAACGUGUGGAAAGCCAGGGAAAUACACUCUACCCUUCGAAACCGAAAGAAAAACACUUCGAAACAUUUCUAAUUCUAUCAUUCCAAAUUCCAAAACUUGUCUUGUACUAGUAAAGUCCAGGUAUUCUUCAUUAUUUUCGUUGGUGUACCUAAACAUUGCGACUUUGCAUCUGGGAACGAGAUUUUUCAUCCGAGGAACGAGACUUUGCAUCCGAGGAAUGAGAUCUUCGCCAAUCAGCGCAAUUGGUCCCUAUUGAAGGAAGCUUCAAUUUCUUCCUUGAUUUUUCCAUAAAGCCCACUAUUCUUUGUAUUCUCCAUGGGUCAUUGUUACAUACAUGAAUUUACCAAACCAUAUACCACAAGUAACCGCUUUCUAUCUUUUCAGCCCGUAAACCAAUCAAACUCUGUAAGGGAAAUCAAAUACUACCUGAUAUAACUCAUUAUGUUAGGUAAGUUAUUACAUUUGUUUGUCAUUGGCUUUAGAGUCCAUCAUAAUUUAGAGCCCGUCAUAAUUUAGAGCCUAUCCCCUCAAAUUGCAUCCCCUCCCUCCCUCCCUCGUAUAAAUCUAUAAAUGUUUGACUAAUAUCAGAUAGGCCAAUUGACUAGUUAGUACAUGACGUGUAUGUCCAAAAAUACAUUAUUCACUUUAUUUUUGUAUUCACAGACAAUUUACGAAGCUCCCUGAAAAACUGUUGCACAGCGAAUCAGUUGAAAACUUUUUCAGUGACGGCACGGAAAAGCAUUUGGACGAGAAACAACCAACUUCAAAAACGAAACAAAAUUGCAACCAUGAGAAGAAAGAUCACACAAAUGCCACCUGUAAGCACACUGAUGCGUCACGUGUCAAUGUGGAUGUAAAGUCUGACAAAGGAACUGGAUCGAUAAAGAAUCAUUCGCCCAAAGGUUAGAUUUGCAUAUACGUACACGCCCUGGUUAAGCAGACUUGUACUUGAUGCUAUUCCUGCUUAAUGGACCAUUUGCAUUAUAGACUAAAUUUUGAUCUAGACAAAAAUUUCAUCACAGCUUGAAAGAGCAUCACAAAAUUAGUAAUAUUCCAAAGUUUCGUUGCGAAAUGUUGUAAAAUGCGGAUAAUAUAGCCUUGCGAAAUUUGCAAUUUUCAGUCAUUUUAGAUUACAAACGGGAAAUUGAUGCCCCAACACUCGAUUGGGCUGUCAAUUUCCCGUGCGUAAUACAAAAUGACUGAAAAACGGCAAACUUCCCAUGGCUAUAUUAUCCGCAUUUUACAACAUUUCGCAACGAAACUUUGGAAUAUUACUAAUUUUGUGAUGCUCUUUCAAGCUAUGAUGAAAUUUUUGUCUAAAUCAAAAUUUAGUCUAUAAUGCAAAUGGUCCAUUGGUAGUUCCGACACUCCGUAGUUUAUACGGUUGCUACUAUGGUGCUGACAUGCAUGCAUAAACAAUCUCAUAAACACGUCCAUUUUGUUUUUUUAUCCUUCAGAGGACUACCUCAAUUGUUAGCUGUGUCUGCAAAACAAAUGUGUGAUUCUCUUAUUUAGGAAAAUAUUUAACUUCUUUUUCUGGUAAAAAGUUACAAACAUCUGAGAGAUUAGACUCGAGGAAACGGCCUCCUCUCAGUCCUAAAACUAACACAAGUGGUAUGUUGGUAUUUUAUUUAAUAUUUUUAAUUACUCAUUGCUUGCUAAUAUUUUAUUUUAAUCCUUUCUUGUUUAUUUAAUCACAUAAUAAUGCUUCAUCUGUAUUUGAAUUCAUUAACCUGUUUGAAUUUAUUUAGAACCUCUUGGUCCUUUUGUAAAAUUAGUAAAAAAUAUUAGCUAUUCUCAACGCAUUUUGGUAAUGAUGUUACAAAUAUGUGACAACAUUUGCGAUGACAUAUUUCAGAAACGCUUUCAAUUAACGUAAUAAUUGCCUUAAUUAUUUAAGCCAACGGCCAGGGUUCGAAUUAGCGGCUCGCUAUUCGCAAUUUGCAUGCGAAUGUAAAUUCGCUUUUUGCGAACGGAAAAUUGUUUUUGCGAAUGACGUUUUGCAAAAACAAUGUAUUAAGGUUACAUAAAAGGUUGUUUUGCUGACUAUUAUUGUAAUUUUGCACUAAAACGAUUUGUGAAAUGAAGGAUAUGGCUACAAUUUCUUCAGAGAAUUUUAAUACGAAAUUCGCUGUGAAACGACCGCCAUUUUGUUUUUCGCAAGCCAUGCAUGGUUUCACUUUUCAAAACUGACAUUUCUUUCAAAUUUUCAAGAAGGAAAUUUGCGAAUCGAUUUUUCAUAAUUCGAACCCUGCAACCUCUGCAUGCUUCCUUGAUAGACAAAAUUUUCAUAAAUUAUUACUGUAACACCCGUUUUCACAAUAAGGCGACCAGGUCGAAAAUAGUCCGAGUUGAUAUGUCAGUUUUUGUAUCACGGUUUUACAUGUGGUUCGUUUUGUACGCUUUAUAUACAAAAAGUUUAAAAGAAUUUUCAAAAUUAUUGCAAAAUUUAAGCACAACAAAGUCACCACUAUACACAGCCAAAUUCGAGGUUGAAUAGCUCUUUUUCAAAUUUUCAAAGUCAUUCAGGACACAGAUUUCUGUUUUGAUGGUUUGUUUCUUUCUUUUAGUUUGUAUAUCUAGCUCACUUUGGUUAAAUAUUCUUCUUUAGGUAUUAAAUACGGUUUAAAAAUAUUUUUUGUGUACUUUUCCUGUUUUUGGCAGUCCGCGUGACAUAAAAACUAGGCUAGGUCGCGUAAUUUUGAAAACGGGUGUAAUGAUGUUACAAUUGUAAGCUGGACUGUUUAGUAUUUAACUGAAAUAUAACGUCCCUUGCAGACACAGCGACAACAUCAAAAGUUGAAAGCAAAGCAAAAACUAACCACCAUCGACCGAAGACUAUCUUGAAGUCACCAAACGCAUCAUCUACGCAAUCUUCAACACUGGACAAAACAAUUAAUGAACAAAUAAAAACAGAUUCUUCGUUACCUACUCAAAAUAGUUUAUGUACUGAAAAACUGGAGCCAGAAAGAACUAUUAUUUCUGAAGAUAUAUAUCUCAAAACUAGUAUUAAUGACUCAGACAAUAGAGAUACAAUAGCAAGUGAAUCGAAUCCAAGAAAUGACAUUGAUAUGGCAGAGAACACAGAUUCGCGUCCCUCAACAUUACAUGUUGUGAAAGAAAAAACGUCUUCAACACAGACUCCACCUUCGCCGUCCACAGACGCAUCGGUCGUUAUGUCAUCAUCGACAGUUUCGUCAUCAUCUCCGUUACCAAAAGAGACGUCAUCGGUUCCUGAGGCAUCUGCAAUGGCCUCACUGGGCGAUAAAUCUUCCACUCAUACGUCAUCAGGUUCCUCAACAAUGACGUCGUCGACAACUACGUCAUCGGAGAUUAUGUCGCCGGAAACGUUGACUGUUUUAUCAUCCCCACUUACAUUAUCGUGUUCCACGCCAUCGACUGCGAUUUCAUCACCAAUUACGUCAUUGUCUAUGACGUCGUCAAACUUAUUGACAACGACUUCGUCAGCAAUGACGUCAUCGGAAGUGGCGUCAUCAACGUUGACGUCAUCAGCAGUGAUGUCAUCCACUUCAUCAUUCACAACUUCAACCAUUUCAAAUAUGACGCCAUCCACAACUUCUACAAUUACGUCACUUACGGUAAAUAUGAUUACGUCAUUUGCAAAGCCAAUAAUAACGUCGUCAUUCUCAACACCUCCCGAUCUCACUGUUAAAUCGCCGCAAACACCACUUACUGUAACCGUACCGAUGCUUUCGCCACCUUGUACUACGUGUUCAAUUUCUAACCAAUCAUCAAGCGAUGGUUCUGUGACGUCAUCGUUGUCAAGGACACCGCUUAGUUCCCCAGCCAUUCCGAGAACGCCUGAUGACAUGAGCGGACAGGAGAACGCAGCAGACACGGAGUUUUGUUUUUAUCCACGUAUGUGUAAUGGUUCAAUGUCUUCUGGAAAGUGCCGAUCACCUGAGUCAAAAUUAUGUCAAUGUAAAAAGCUGGAACACGAUUCGACUGAAGAUCAGGUACUUCAUAUCAUAACGAUAUUUAAUUUAUUUUUAAUAAUCUACCGUGGUCUGAAAUACAUCAAAAUAUGGAAUGUGCGAUUUUGGGGUUGCCAAUAUUAUUUCCAGUCUUCGUUGCCUCACAUUUAGUGCUUUUCUGCUUAAUUAACAUCAUGAGUGUCAGAUGUUGGGAUCCGACCUGCAAGUGAGUGGAAUUAACUGCAAACCUGGUUCAGAAGGUCUUGUACACGCUAGUAUCGUAGAAAUUUUUCCCUAUCUCUUGAAAAUUUCAAUUUUGCAACCAGAUUUAAUAGGUGUCUCUUUUCUAUAACAUUUCAACUCUAAUCUCUUGUCUGGACUAGUGUGGAUGAAUUUAUUCAUUAUGAACUUGUUAUAAAUAUUAUUGUGCUGUCUUCUCCUCAGGUUGUAGAUCGUUGUGGCAAUGAUACGAUGAAAUUAGACAAGUGUACAGAAAAACCAAGAUUAAAAACUGCCGUUGAUAAUCUAAGGUAAACGUUCUUGAAUUAUAUUUCAAAAAACUUGUGUAAGCAUUGGAAAUAUCUUUCACUUGUCUGAUGAAAUAGAUUGCCAUUUUUCAGGCUACUAGCUAUCAUUUGAAGCCUUUCAGAAAUUAUGGGAGGCCGGUUGGCCACCCCCCCCCCCCUUCCCCCUAUUGUACGCCACUGUUUAAAAAAUUAUAAGAGGCUAGUGUGUUGAAAUAAAAGCGAUGGAUGUGCGAAUGAAAGUACAUAAUAAUGACGCUUUUUUACUUCACUUUACAGAUCAAGUUCUGGCAAAAACGGAUACACGAGUCAUCACCACAAUAUAUUACCACAUGGCUUACUUAUAGUUCCUAACGGUUAUAACCAUCCAUCCUCAUCAGACCCUAGCUUACCUUAUAAUGAUCACGACUGUCACACGACAGAUGGAACCCACCACGACGGUUUCACAUCGCAUGGUGCAAAAACGAACGAUAAAAAUUGUAAUUAUAUUUUUCAAAAUGGCGAACAUCAUGAUCAAACGCUGGAUUUCAAUUCAAACAACUCUCACGAAUGCAAGUACACAGUAAGUUACACUUAAAGUCUAAAUGAAUAGUUGUGAAAGGUUUGUGAGUUUAGGUAGGCUUGCAUGUGCUCUACUUAAGAAAUAGAAAACAUUUCUAUUAUAGAUACAAGCGUGGGAAUUUAGUCGGUGGAAAAACGAGCCCUGGAGCUAGUAUUUUCACGUUAUUUCGAGUUCUCCCAAACUAUCACAAGUGAUUCUAUAUCUGUAUUCCUACACAGGAGACCAUUUUCUAUAUCUUUUAUAAUUUAUAAUAUAAUCGAAGAAAGUUUUUAUGGCCAUUUUCUAUAUCGAUUAAUUAACAAAUUCUUGUUACCCCUUUAUACAAAUGCUCGUCAAUUUGACCAUAAAAUAGCCAGGUCAUCCUGUAUUUAAACUGAGAAUGCUGCAUGGUUUGGGUGGUUAAUCCAAGGGAGCAUAUAUAUGCACAAUUUAAGACCUAACCAGGAUUCCUUUUUUUUCCGUGAUUGCUUAAUUCCGUUGACGGAACUAGUAUGAUUGUAGAUGAUAGUUUUGUGCAUGUAAAUAUGACGUCAGUUUUACAGAGUUAAUCGCCACGCCAGCUCGUAGGCUAUCGUGUUUGCAGAAAGAAAAAAUACUGUAAAGCCAUGAAGAGAUUUCCCUCAGUAGUAAAAGACGAUUUAAAAAAACCAUUGGAUGAAUAAGAGGCGUAAAACACUAAACGAGCUACCAUGACGAGCUGCAUUAUUUCAAAAAUACUUAAUAGUUUUUGAUGAGCAUCUUCAUGCACGUAAAAAGGAAAAGUUAAGCGUGCUUGAAGAGAGCUAACCUAGACUUUCUUUUUCAGCGCUAUUUAAACCAAAAAUCAAACGGACUUUCCAAACCUUUCUGUUACAACUGUGGAGAACAUGGUCACCACGGCAGUCAGUGUUCUGGAACAGAAUUAGAAGAAUCCAUUGUCUCAUGAGGAAUGAAGAUUUGCCCUAAAUUAGAGUCCCCAGCCACACUGGCGCGUUCUGAGCAAAGUGAGCUAUGAAAAAUCGUUCAAGAUGAUAAGUGAGAAUUUUCUUAAUUUUCUAAGAAAUCUUAUUUAUUCACUGUAAAAACUGAUAGGUUAAAACAACCAAAAAAUAGAUUGUUUCAGUUGGUCCAGGAAAGCCUGUUUAAUAAAAUAACUAAAUUUAAGUUGGUUAAAACAACCCAUUGUAUACAAUCAGGUAUUUAACCUAUGAUAUAUGGUAAAUUUUAAAGCGUUUUUACUGCAGCUUCUUUUGAGACCGAAACGUUGUUUUGUGCGACAAAUCCUAAUAGCCUUACAGUUAUUGAAUUUGGUUUUUGUGAUAUCCGGAAUUACAAAGGUCUCUGUUAGCGUUGUCAGUCUCGCUUUCGGCUCGACUGAUAACACUUACCUCGACCUUGCAAUUCGGUGAUAAUACUGGAUAUCACAGAAACCUCAACUGUUUAUUAUAUCAACAGUUCGUUAAUUAAAUUAAGGAAACAAAUUUUUUGAAACACUAAACUAGCAACAAUUAUUUCUGACAGGAAAUAUGAACCUUGACUUCUCACUAAGUACCCAUUAUAUAAGAACUUAACCACUUCAGCCUGCAUGACAUAAAAAUAGUGGUCCUUUUCAUGAGGCUUUUUACCAGUAGCUUCGGACACAGCCAUCAGUUUAAAAACUGCAGCAAAGUGUGAUCUGAUUUUUUAUAAACAGUUAGUGGCAGAAUAAGGUUUGUCUGACAUCUAAUCAGCCGAGUGCUUGUUUUAUUAUUUUAUAUAAUACCUUAUUGAAUUCUGAUCGUUUAAUUGGCUGUUUAUGGUCACGUGAUAUUGAAUAGAAAAUUCCAUUCCCCAAAGUGCAAUGGAAUACGUUCCAUUGCACUCUUUGCGAGUGCAAUUGUACUAUACGUUUUAUUCCAUUGCAUUCUUUGUGUUUUCGCGAGUGCAAUUGUAUACGUUUUAUUCCAUUGCACUCUUUGUGUUUUCGAUAAAUCGCAUCCGUCAAAAUGCUUCUCAUACGAAUCUAUUAGUCUAUUUUGGUAUUAUAUAAAACAAAUAAUGUAUGUUUAUUCGUGCAAUGGUAAGAAUAUUUUCAUGAGAGGUGAAAGAUGGAAUGUUCCAAAUAUUUUUACCAUUGCACUCACAAACAUUUCAUUAUUUGUAUACUAUUGCACUGUUAUUUAGCCCGUUGGCGCAUUCACUAAAAAAUCUGUUUGAAUUUCCUAGUGCGAAAAACGCUUAUUUUCCAAAAAUUAAAUACUGAUAAAAAAACAUUACUAUGUAUAAAUUUAAAAACAAUCUUAGAAAUGCCUCUAUUUUAGAAAUCUUAAAUGUUGAUGAUGAUGGCCUUAAGACGAAUUAUUCGUUUGAAAGUAUGUUUUGUUUUGGACGUAGAAAUACUUUUGAUGCGAUGAAAGUCGUAUUCCUCUAUCCAAUUAUUCGACCGUAUGUACGUACUACCUUUCUUUCAGACUUCGAUGGUAUCCAGUAUUUGGUAUCAGUAUCGGCCCAUCCCUAAUUACACACACCCCCAAAUCAGUGGCGGACACGGUGGAAGGGGCAGGCCAACCACCCCUCGCCUCGCCCCCCAAUAUAAUUUCUGAACACCUUUGAAUGAUAGCUGAAUAACUGUGUAACAGAGUUAUAACGAGAGUUUUUCGAUAGGUUAUCUAUAAAUUAAGCUAUAUAUUGCAUGAAAUUUAAGGCAACAAUUGUCGUGGUGGUCAUAUGUUGGCAACCUAAUUACCCCCCCCCCUGCCCCAAGUGUCCGCCGAUGACCCAAAUUAAAGUUCUUUCAAAAGAAUAAUUCGUCCAUAAUAUGUAUGGGGAUCCUAUUCAAAUGGACUUUAAACAUUCGUUAUGUGCACAAGCAAUAUAGAAAAUUCAUUUAAAUUUAACUUAUUUAUGUAAAUAAUCUCCAUUUUAGUUCUAUAUAGGUUGUUAGAUUGCGAAAUUAAUUAUGAAGGUUGAGUUUCAAUAUAUAGAAAAUUAUUUUAUUAAAUGCAAAUAUAUACAUAAGGAAUUUAAUAUCUACG